AUGGCUUUAAGAUCUGUGAUAUCCUCAAAAAUACCUAUGGUGAUAAUUUUGGGUGCAACAGGAACUGGAAAAACUAAAUUAAGUGUGCAAUUAGCGCAAAAAUUUGAAACAGAGAUUAUCAGUGCGGAUUCUAUGCAGGACGGAAUCAGCACGUGCACGGGACGCGAACGGAACGUGUUUGUAUCUCCACAUGGACGGGAGUUUAAUGCAUAA